AAGGAGAAGGAGGCAAUGACUGAAUUGGUGGUCUACUCAGAUAUUAUAUUUUCCAAAACCCCAAGAGGGGAGGGGACAGUAACCAGUAGCACUCCAGCACACAGAGCAGUUCCACCAGUCCAGUUCAGUUCUCGUUCCAGUGUCAUCUUUGCUCUGGGAGCUGCAGUGUGUGUCUUACUGGUGGCAGUUAUCGGAAUGAGUAUAGCACUUACACAGAUACAAGCAUCUCAGACUGGGGAUGAAAAGAAUGCAUUUGGGUCAACAACUGUAAAACCUUCAGAGUGGAGGAAUGACCUCAGAGAAAACUUUUGUUGGGAUCCAGAAUCUACAAAUGAAGCUGAUCCAUGUGAAAUCUGUCCAAAGGGCUGGAUGUGGAGGUACAAGGGAAGCUGUUAUAACAUUUCCAAGGAAAGAGAUUCCUGGGACUCCAGUAAUAAUGCCUGUUCCAUCAAAGGAAAUCAUCUUGUUGUUAUUGAAAACAACAAAGAGUUGGAAUUCCUACGUUCGAAGAUUGCAGGUAAUACAUUUUACUGGAUUGGGCUGAAAGGCAAAUUGAGCCUGGGAGAAUGGCGCUGGGUGGACAACACAACUUUCAAUGAAACUCUGUUCCCUUUCGACAAUACAAACCAUAAAGGUCUUGAUUGUGUCAGCGUUUCCAAACAAAAGGUAUAUGUAGACCAUUGUACAAAAACAAGGCCCUGGAUCUGUGAAAUGAGAGCUGUCAGAUUGAACUGAAUCAUAUGACAAAAUGCAAGGAUAUCUAACCCAUUAAGAUAUAGAGAACUAUGAGGGGACAGGAUACAUGAUAUUCCAAAAACAUACUAUAACUUGAAUGGAACUGACACUCUAAAGUCACAAAAGCUUGAUAAUAGUGUGAGAUACUUUGAAAAACAAUGUGAUAUACAGGACACUUUUGAUAUACGGGGACAUCACAAAGGUUCUCAUUGACAACACAGCAGCCAGAAGAACCACAGAAGUCAGACUGAAAACAGCACACCAGGCUUUUUUUUUUUUUUUUUAAUAUUAAAUCCAGAAACUAAAUAAAGACAGCUAAAAACACUUGUCACAUAAUAGUUAGAACUAGUGAAUGCAUAGAGUGUACAUGCAGGUAACCACCUCACUCACUAGAAAAAAAAAAAAAGCUUUUGAAAAUGUUUGACUUUUGAUGUUUAUCAUCCCAUACAAUUGAUAUGUCCUGCAGUUAUAUCUUACAUCUAGAUUAUUAUAUUAAUGUAGACUAUUUAGGUUGCUAUUUGAUGUGUUAUUUUAUUCUGCAUACAGCAAAAAUGAUGGUACUCUUGUGUAUUGCACUGUUGUGUACUGAUUUUGGUUUUGCUAGUAAAAUGAAUUUUUUUA